AUGAGCUCGUCGAACAAACACCAGCAGCGCACGAACUCCCUUGAUCCCUUUUCCGAUCCCGAUAUCUACUAUGGCGAGGAGGACUCGGUAGCCCGCAUCCGCGACCGCAAGCGUGCUUUCUCCUCAAAUUUGAAAGCAUUCAAUCGCGACGAUAUUCAGGAUCUCCUGGGGAAGAUUCCCGCCAGACGGGGCAGCCAUGAUGAGCUAUCAGCGCAUCCUCGCAAGUUCCUUAUCGAUGUCGAUACAACCCUGCACAGCUUGCUGGAGCGGGAGGAUACAGAUAGGAAUAUGCAAAUUACAAUUGAAGAUGCUGGCCCCAAGGUUCUCUCCGUAGGAACCGCCGCUUCGUCUGGAUACAACAAAUUCGAUGUGCGAGGGACAUACAUGCUGUCGAAUCUGCUACAGGAACUCACCAUUGCCAAAGAUUACGGCCGGAAGCAUAUCGUCCUUGAUGAAGCUCGUCUGAGCGAGAACCCUGUCUCGCGUCUGUCUCGUCUGAUCAAGAACUCGUUCUGGAACGCCCUCACCCGCCGCAUUGACGGCUCCAACAUCGAAGUCGCUGGUCGGGAUCCCAAGGACUGGACCGAUGAUCCGCGGCCUCGAAUCUAUGUGCCCCCCGGUGCUCCCGAGCAGUUCGAGUACUACAAGGGAAUCGCCGAGACGCACCCUGAGCUACGCCUGGAUGUGCAGAUGCUCAAUGCAAACAUCACACCUGAUUACGUGAAGGAUCUCAAUUCCAGGCCCGGUCUGCUUGCACUGGCCAUGCAGAAGAAAAUCAAUGAAGCCACACAGAAACCCGAGUAUAUCGGUGUACCGUUCGUCGUGCCAGGUGGCAGAUUUAACGAAUUGUAUGGAUGGGACAGUUAUAUGGAGUCUCUCGGCUUGUUGGUGAGCAACCGGGUGGAUCUGGCCAAGGCCAUGGUGAUCAACUUCUGCUUCUGCAUCAAGCACUACGGCAAGAUUUUGAACGCCAACCGCUCGUAUUACCUCACCCGGUCUCAACCGCCAUUUUUGACGGAUAUGGCUCUACGCGUGUAUGAGCGUAUCAAGAGUGAGCCCGAUGCCCUGGAGUUCCUUCGCAACGCAACACUGGCUGCGAUCAAGGAAUACUACAGCGUGUGGACAGCCGAACCCCGUUUCGAUGAGGUUUCGGGCCUGUCCCGGUACCGUCCAGAGGGACAGGGCGUCCCUCCCGAGACGGAACCCACUCACUUCACUCACAUUCUUACGCCGUAUGCUCAGAAGCAUGGCAUGGAAUUCAACGAGUUUGUUCAGGCUUACAAUGACGGCAAAGUCAAGGAGCCUGAGCUGGAUGAGUACUUCCUGCACGAUCGGGCCGUCCGUGAAUCCGGCCACGACACGAGCUACCGUCUCGAAAGAGUCUGUGCUAACCUGGCCACGGUCGAUCUGAAUUCGCUGCUCUACAAAUACGAGGUCGAUAUUGCUCGAAUCAUCCGGACCUACUUCAAGGACAAGCUUGAGAUUCCUCACGAGUUCCGAACCGAAUCAUCCAAGGACAUCGAAAGCGAGUCCUCGUCCGUGUGGGACCGCCGCGCCCGGAGACGCAAGAUGAGAAUGGAUACGUACUUGUGGGACGAGGAGAAGGGUAUGUUCUUCGACUACGACACCGUCCUGCAGAAGCGGACCAAUUACGAGAGCGCCACGACAUUCUGGGCCAUGUGGGCCGGUCUCGCUACGCCGCAACAGGCGGCGGAGUUAGUGAGCAAGGCGUUGCCCCGAUUUGAGGUCUACGGCGGUCUGGUAUCCGGUACGGAAGAGUCCCGUGGUGCUGUAGGGUUGGACCGACCCAAUCGGCAAUGGGACUUUCCUUACGGAUGGGCGCCGCAGCAGAUGCUCGCCUGGACGGGAUUGCUGCGCUACGGCUACCAGGAGGAAGCCGAGCGACUGGCGUACAAGUGGCUGUUCAUGAUCACCAAGGCAUUUGUUGACUUUAACGGUGUGGUCGUCGAGAAAUACGAUGUCACCCGGCCGAUCGAUCCUCACCGAGUGGAUGCCGAAUACGGUAACCAGGGUGUGGACUUCAAGGGUGCUCCUCGAGAAGGGUUUGGCUGGGUCAACGCCAGUUAUGUGUACGGGUUGGAAAUACUUAACGCACAUCAACGGCGUGCUCUGGGAGCCAUCACCCCGUGGGAGACAUACAACAAAGCGGUGCUCGCUCAGAAUGCUUAUUAA